GGACCGCGACCGAACCGUCUGGCCCACACCGUCAGAGUUCCGGGUCGACUUCGCAGAGCCAUUUCGAAAUGUGUUCUCAGUGGACGUUUUGGAUGCACAAAUUCCAAGAACGCAAUUUACAGUCAGCGAGAACAGCAAUACUUUAACUCUCACGACGCCCGACAAUGCGACGCACGUGGUCAGAGUCGCGAUGGGAAGUCAUACAGACACCACGAUGCUUGACGCCCUCAACAGUGUGCUGAAUCCCUUGGGGGUUACAACCACCUUCGAGUCAGCCCCGACCAACCUGCGGCUGACAUUGAAAUUCAGUUGCCCUCGCCGCUUUUCCUUUGACAUGGCAAAUUCGACCAUAAAUCACAUCAUUGGCUUUGACGAGCUCGCAUACAAUCACAGGAAGGCGGGCUCCUCCUUUUAUGCGGACCCUGCCGAGCCGCAGCGCUUCUAUUCGAUGAUCACCAACCCUGUCUCCACCACAAUCUACUCGUGGUUGCAUGCAAACUACUCACCGGAGGUGCCUCAGCCCGCCCCCCCUUCCCGGUACUACGCCCUGCGCCUGCUCUCGGACCAGUCGUCAGGUAUCUUGGAGAAUCUGCAAGUUGCCGUUGUACAACCCGGCACGCCCUUUGCUUGGCGGGUCGCCCCUACAGGGCCGAACGGUCCGCUCCUGACCUCCAUUGCAAGCGGGAGCGCAAUUGCCAGCACGGGCGGCCUUGCCACGAUCUCUUUCGACCAGAGGACCUCACCGUACCUCGACCAAUCGAGCGUGUACUGGCUAGUAUUGGACUUUGGGGCCUCAGGCAACGUGCCUCUGGUUGCUGCGAGCGCCCCUGACAUUCCAGCUUUCUCAGUCAUCAACUCAACAAAUCAGGUUUCGUGGGCGCCUCUGGCAGACGAUCACGCACUCGUCGUCGGGCGGGCAAGCAUCACCGUCGGAGCUCAAACCCUCAUUGCCCCUGGCAUGUACGACCUGACGGGCCUGCCUUAUGCGGUCCUCAGGAUCCCCGAGAUUGAGAGCAACAUGUACCGCUCGAGGGCCUUUCAGCCAUUCAACUACCCAUUGGCAAAGUUUAAGCUUUCAAUCCUUGGCUAUACUGACUCAAGAUUUGACUUUUCGACGAUUCAGCCGCGCCCUUUUCACCCGAUCGGCAAACUGCCUUGCAUGACGCUCCAAUUCUGGGGUUCUGACGGCUUUCUUUAUGACUUCAUGGGUGUGAAUUGCUCCCUAACCAUGGUAAUACGCUACUACGUGCCAAAGCCCAAGGGGCCGUUCAACAAUAGGCUACUGAACCCGUACUACCAGCCAGACACCAUGGUUCAGAAGAGCGAGACGGACUCUGAGGACGACCAGACCGACUUUGAGUCAAGUGAUUCCGACUAA